AAGACCAUUGGGAAUUUCAGCCGCAAGAGACCAUGGAGGAGCUUCAGAUGCAAUCAGACAGCUUGAUCGAGGGCAAGCCCAGGAAGGUGAGGUUCAAGCUGGCCUCGUCGUAUAGUGGCCGGGUGCUGAAGCACGUGUAUGAAGAUGGACAGGAGCUGGACAGUCCAGAGGAGCAGUACCCUCACAGCUUCAUCCACACCAAGAUGGAGAUGGGACAUCUGUGUGGCUUAGAAGACAUGCAGGACCAGAGUUUGUACCCUCCAACAGGCCUGAUCGCUCAGAGAAUAAACGUCUAUCGAGGAGUGACGGGAUGCAACUCCCUGGCGUGUGGAGAUCUUCCAGAAGGGGAUAAUAAAGCACCAGUGUUAGAUUUUGGAAAGAUUGUUAUCUACACCAGCAACCUGAAGAUUAUUCGAGCUCCUCACAGAAGAGGAGAAUCUGGAAGGAGUCCUCACCGCAGCCAGGACAGGAAAGAAAGUUCACCAGGACGGGAGUCCCGGAGCAAAGGGAGCAGACCAGACUGUGCACUUGGCUUCAUCAUUUUGCUUGCUUGUGCACCAUGCUUGUUUUCUGUUUGUUUACUUGUUUUGUUUGUGCAGCAGGAAGCAGGCUCCUGUGGACAGUGCGGAGGUUCAGGUUGUGCGCCGUGCUCACUCUGUCAUGGCAGCAAACUGUCCAUGCUGGCCAACCGCUUCAACGAGUCAAUCAGAGAGCUGCGCUGUCCAGCAUGCAACCCCCACGGCCUACAGCGCUGCCAGUCCUGCACACACUAACACAUCUACUGCUGUCAAGCUGUGUCGGAUGGAGAUCAGACCCUCUGAGGUGUGAACGAAAGUGCAUUUCGGAUUAGUGCUUAAAUAUGAGCGCUUGAGGGCGGAAUGUGCUGCUGGAAAGUACUGCGAUGAAAGUUAAUACAGAUUCACCAGACAACCAGUUAACAGUUGAUAUGAAAUCAGGAAGGAACUGGAAUCUCAAAGAGAGGAAAGGAACACCUGAGGAAUGGAGAGAGAGAGAGUUGUUCAUUGCUUUAUGAGAGAUAUACAUUGCAAAUGAUACUGACAUGGAUAUUUUUUUCGAUAUGAACAAAUUAAACAUGGAAGCUUGUUUCCCCCACUGAAUAAAAAAGGUAAUUUAAAUUUUUUAAUCUUAAUUCUGAUUUUUUUCCACACAAUUUCGAGUUGACAUCUUGCAGUUCUUGACCUUUUUCUCAGAAUUGCGAGAUACAAACUCACAAUUCUGAGAAAUAAAGUCAGAAUUGCUUGUUUCCGCCUCUGAAAAAAUAAAUAAAUAAGGUAAUUGCAUCUUUAUAUCUUAUAAUUCUGACUUUAUAACUCGCAAUUUCAAGUUUGUAACGUAAUUGUGAGAUAAAAAGUCAUAAUUACAUUUUUAUAUUUUUAUUUAGUGGAGGAAAAGGCCGCCCAUAAACAAAACUAUAACUCAAGCUACAGUAUACAGUAUAACUACUAUAAUAUAUAUAACCUAUUUUAUUUAUUAUUAUUUUUACAAAGGGAUGAUUCUUCAAUGAGUGUAAAUUUUCUGUAACCCUGAUUUUGAAGGGAAAAAAAUGGAAAUGUGCCUCUUUUCCAAAUUUUCCUAAAUUAGUAGUUUAAAUUAAUUUGAUAUUCAUGUACACACACACAAUAAGAUAUACUGUAACUAUCACUCCAAGCUUUUAAAAGAAAAAUUGAAUUUCCAAAAUGUAUCACGUCAUGAUCAAAUAGUAGCUUUGUUAAGUGUAAUUACCAAACCUUAGUCAAAAGUCU